AUGGAAAUUGAUAAAAACUUUGAACCAGGGAAUAAGACUUCUAUUCCAGUAAACACACCAACACCUACACAACAUCCGCAAGCUGCACCACCACCACCACCACCACCAGCUCCUCCUCCUCCUCCUCUUCCAGUUACAUCAAAUCCACCAACGUCAAAAGAGCGGAUGAAAAAACUGAAUUGGCAGGCGAUAAAAAAUCCACCAAAAGAUUGUUUUUGGGCAAGUCUUCCGAGUGUAGCUCAAGAUAGUGAUAUUUUUGAUGGUUUGAAACAACGAUUUUCACUUCCACAUGUUGAUACCAAUGAAAGUUCAAGUUCAGGUGCAAAGUCAAUUUCUCUGCGAGUUUUGGAUGGGAAUACUGCACAGAAUUUAUUGAUUUCUUUCCAUGCCCUGUUUAAAACUGCAACAUACGAGCAAAUCAAACAGGAGAUUUUACGUUGUGAUACCUCCAAUUUGAAUUCAACUUUAAUUGAGACACUCAUCAAGUUCUUACCACAACAUAAAAUAGAGAAACUUUGUGAAAUGAACAAGAAAAAUGUUGAAUUGUCAAAUGUGGAAAAGUUUGUUGCACGUCUUGGAGAGGUUGAUCGAAUUGUACCUCGCUUAAAUUGCAUGAACUUUAAACUUUGUUUCAAUGAUUUGGUUCAAGAUCUUGAACCUGAUUUGAAGGCUGGUACGACUGCAUGCAAAGAGAUUAUUUCAAGCAAAAAAUUUGGUGAAAUCCUCAGCCUCAUUUUAACAAUCGGUAAUUUUAUGAACUCUGGACAUGGUAAAGCAUCCGGCUUUGAUUUAGAAGUUUUGAAGAAAUUGCACGAUAUCAAAAGCGCAAAACACAAACAGACUCUUCUACAUUUCAUAGUGAAAACAAUUCAACAAAAGUUUCCAGAAUUGUUGAAUUUUGGAGAAGAAAUAACUCAUGUGGAUGAUGCUGCAAGAAUAUGUUUUGAUAAGAUUAACGAAACAAUUCAAACCAUAGUCACAUCGUCACAAAAGCUGCAAAAGGAACUUGAAUAUGGCCAUGAAUCCAAAUUACCUGAGGAUAAGUUUGUCGAGGUGAUGAAGCCUUUUUCAUUGGAAUGUGAUAAUCAGGUACAACUUCUAACAAAGAUGUUCAACGAAAUGCACAAUAGCUAUACCAUAGUUGGUAAACACUUUGCAUUUGACCUAAGCAAGUGUCCAAUUGAAGAAUGCUUUUCGAACAUCAAAAUAUUCAAGACACAAUUUUCAAAAGUAUUGAAAGAAAUCGACAUUGAAACGAAAGAAAUGGCAUGUCCAACAAAAAAUAGUCAACUGGUCGAUAAGCAAAAGGAACCAUCAUCUGCCGAAGCAGAAAUAGCUCCACUAACCAUGAACUCUUCAUUGGACACUCAUGAGUCCCGUGAAUGUGUAGUAAAACUGCACCUAUCAACAAAAACAGAUAUAGUUCCACCCACCAUGAACUCUUCAUUGAACACUCAUGAGACCCGUGAAUGUGUAGUAAAACUGCACCGAUUAACAAAAACAGGCUCUGGUGCUCCAGCUAAUAUCGUUUUGGGCCGUACUGAUGUGCAACUAGCGACCAAACCGCGACCAUUGACCG